GGAAGAGGAAAAAGAAUUCAAGAGCUGUUCCCAAGCAUCUAGAAUUUUCUGCACCCCACCUCUUGAGAGAGUGGCCCAGCUCUGACUCAGUCCACUAUAAGCUGAACUUUCCUUUUAAAGCACAACCGUCAUUUAAGCCUUUGACUAAAACUGGAAGAAAAGAAUUUGUGAGUACUGUGGACUGUACAGAAGGGAAGGGACUGACAACUGGCAGUAAAAAUAGAAAAAUGGCAGGCCCGAGGCCCAGCAGUCAAGCAGACCCUGAAAUUGAGCUUUUUGUGAAGGCUGGAAGUGACGGGGAGAGUAUUGGAAGCUGUCCCUUUUGCCAACGCCUUUUUAUGAUCCUCUGGCUUAAAGGAGUUAAAUUCAAUGUGACUACUGUUGACAUUACCAGAAAACCUGAAGAGCUGAAGGACUUAGCCCCAGGUACCAAUCCUCCCUUCCUGGUGUAUAACAAGGAGUUGAAAACAGACUUCAUUAAAAUUGAGGAGUUUCUAGAACAGACACUGGCUCCUCCAAGGUAUCCUCAUCUGAGUCCCAAGAACAAGGAGUCCUUUGAUGUGGGCUGUAAUCUCUUUGCCAAGUUUUCUGCAUACAUUAAGAAUACACAAAAGGAGGCAAAUAAGAAUUUUGAAAAAUCUCUGCUUAGAGAAUUUAAGCGUCUGGAUGACUACUUAAACACCCCACUUCUGGAUGAAAUUGAUCCAGACAGUGCUGAGGAACUCACAGUUUCCAGAAGAUUGUUCUUGGAUGGGGAUCAGCUGACACUGGCUGACUGCAGUUUGUUACCAAAACUGAACAUUAUUAAAGUUGCUGCAAAGAAAUACCGUGACUUUGACAUUCCAGGAGAAUUCUCAGGUGUCUGGCGCUAUCUCCAGAAUGCUUAUGCCCGUGAAGAAUUUACCCACACGUGUCCUGAAGACAAAGAAAUUGAAAAUACCUAUGCAAGUGUGGCUAAACAGAAGAGUUAGAACAGCUCUUUCAGUAGAAGAAGUUCAUUUGUUUUUCACUUGUUAUCAUAUUAGACAGUUUCUUGGAAAUAAGAAUAUGCAAAAUAUUGUUUCUUCUGUCCAACUCUUUUAUGAAGAAUGCUAUAUUUUCUGUCUCUAGUUAAUCCAAACUAUCUGCUCAUUGUGUAUUUUAAAGGUCUUCAUGUUUUCACUUAAUUUUUAAAAUUCCUAUUACACAACCACUGUAAUCUUAAAUGACAUGGAAAUCAUAAAGAUCUUUUGCUAUUUGAUUAAAUUCCUAGAAUGCAGAAUGCAUCAUGUCAAUAGAUGGUUGAAGUUACAAAUGACAUAUAGCCACAAUCUCAAACUGUUCCUUAGAAACAUUUCCAUCUAAAUCAUUAAAAACAAUUUUACGUUUUUGCUAGUUUAAUACAUGCAUAAGUUUAUUUAUCAUGUGAAUAAUGAAUCAGAGAGUGAGCAUAUUAGAGAGGCAAAUCUUAAAAGAAUGAUUUUUUAAAAAUCAGCUCUAGGAAGAGAUCAAGAUCAAGACCUAGAAAUAUGACUAACUCAUAGUCAGAGAUGAGAAUAUGAACCUUAUGACCAGAUUACAUUGUUGUUAAAUGAGCAAGCACUCAUUAGAUAAAACAUAGUAGUAAUUUUUUAAAUAUUAGAAGCAAAAAUAUGGCAAAGUUGCAAAGGAAAUUAGAUCUUUUAUUCAACAGAAAUAAGAAGGAAGCUAAGCAAUUUGACUGACCAAAAGGUGUUGUUGUUAUCCAUUAAAGGAUAAAGCAAACCAUUCUUAAAGGAUAAUCAAAAAUCUUUCUAUAGAAUUUAAAAUAUUCCAUUACUAUAUGAACUCAAAUUUACAUGUUAAAAUACAAUCAAAUCACUCAAAUUUGAAAACAAAGGCUGAACUUAACUCUUGGUACUUAAGUCUUAUCCAACUGCACAGGUAUUGAUAUAGCUUAGAAUAACCCUCCUAGGGAAAAGGAUUAUUAUCUUCUUAAAUCAAUACAAUUCAAUUCAGUAACUACUUAUUGAGUACUUACUAUGUUAUUAACUAUUAUUUAGUUUUUUUAUUCUUCACAACAACCUUAUGAAAUAUGUAAAGAAAAGUCUGCCUCAUGCCCAAGGAGCAGUCCCUGUUUUCAGAAAACAUGCAGUUCAAUAAUAGAGACAGGUAAUUAAACAUGCAACUAUAAUACACGUGUUAUGAAAAGAGUAAGUACAAGAUUAUAUAACAGAAGUACAUCCUUUUGUGUUCCCCCAGCCUGACCUCAAACAGUUCUACUUGGUCAUAAUGACUGGUAGUGGAAAGUAUUCCUUGAUUAGGCCUUUAUUCUGUUCCUUGGGAGUAACUCUUUCAGUCUAUCUUUAUCUAUGAAUCUUGGUGUUUUCCUUUAUAAAAACUUUCCUUUUAUAUUAUCCCUUUUGGUAAUAUUUGAAGGUAGUAUUUAAAUAGUGGGCUGUAGUUUGGGACCGAGAAGAUCUCUGGGCAUACUUCUUAUCCAUGAAAGGGAUAUUUUAAAAUCCACAACCAUCAUAUUUUCUAUUAGUUCAGACUUAUUUUUAUUUUGGCAGUACAUUUUUCUAAAAUGUUUUUAACUUUUUAGCAAUUUUUUUCAUUGGAUGUGUGCAUUUAAUAUGGAACUGAUGUGAAGUAAGCACCUUGUCUGUAUUUUCAACUUUGAAGAAUGAAAAAAUGCAUAUACAA